UGUGUCUGUUUCCAUGGGGAGAAGUCACGCACACACACCCACACACACACACUUUAUCGUUGGCGCUGGGUUUAGAUAGUACGUAAAUUUUAUCUGGAGCUGUCAGCAGGCUGAGACAACGGCCGAGGAGAGGAACAACACCCCAAACUAACCGAUCCCACCUUCCUAACAAUGGAUCAGUUCUUGCAAGAUGAGCUCUGAACUCCCAGAAUCUGCAAAGAUUGUCCAACUGGAGGUCCUUCCUUCUGGGAAAGAACAACUGAACUCUACUGGAGAAGAGGCUGGUGAAACAAAGACUGAGCAUUACUUCAGCUGAAGAGAACGGGGAGGACAUCAAUGAAUCAGCACCGUGUUCCCACCUCUCGUCUCACACAUAAGGAAAGUUAGAAGCUGAUGAAACCGUCGUGAGAGAUGAUGAAUCGCUACACCACCCUGAAGCAGCUGGGUGAUGGCACCUACGGCAGUGUGCUGAUGGGGAGAAGCAACGAGUCUGGAGAGCUUGUCGCUAUCAAGAGGAUGAAGAGGAAGUUUUAUUCAUGGGAAGAAUGUAUGAACCUAAGAGAAGUGAAGUCACUGAAGAAGCUGAACCACGCAAAUGUGGUGAAACUAAAAGAGGUCAUCAGAGAGAACGAUCACCUCUACUUUGUCUUUGAGUACAUGAAGGAGAACUUAUACCAGCUUAUGAAGGACAGAGAGAAUAAGAUGUUCUCAGAGAAUGAAAUUAGGAACAUCAUGUUUCAAGUGCUAUCUGGGUUGGCUUUUGUACAUAAGCAUGGUUUCUUCCAUCGAGACAUGAAGCCAGAGAAUUUGCUGUGCAUGGGUCCAGAACUGGUCAAAAUAGCAGAUUUUGGACUGGCCAGAGAAAUCCGCUCCAAACCUCCCUACACAGACUAUGUGUCAACGAGAUGGUACCGAGCUCCAGAGGUCCUGCUCAGGUCAUCUACCUACAGCUCUCCUAUUGACCUGUGGGCUGUUGGCUGCAUCAUGGCUGAACUCUACACACUCAGACCUCUUUUCCCAGGGAACAGUGAGGUCGAUGAGAUCUUUAAGAUUUGCCAAGUCCUGGGCACUGUCAAAAAGAUUGAUUGGCCAGAGGGCUAUCAGCUAGCAUCUGCUAUGAACUUUCGCUUCCCCCAAUGUGUGCCGACCCACCUGAAGACCCUUAUCCCAAAUGCCAGCAAUGAGGCUAUUGCCCUGAUGAGGGACAUGCUGCAGUGGGACCCCAAGAAAAGGCCAACUGCUGUACAGGCCCUGCGGUAUCCUUACUUCCAGGUAGGCCAGAUCUUAGGGCCUCGUCCUCAAAGCCAGGAGGUGAAGAAGGUCCAGAACAGGCCACAAGCCCAGAAACAGGCCUCUGAGUCCAAGGCCGAUCCUCAGCAGUUUUCCUCCGAGUCCAAAGCUUCCACAUCCUCCUCCAGAAACCAUCAGCAGCAUCAGCCUCUUCAGCAGAUCCCUCUGCCCCAAGCUGAGAGCAAACCUGGCAAGGUGACACGGCAGGGCAGUGAGGACAACAUUGGCAUGGGGGCGCUGAAGAGUGGCCGUCGUCGCUGGGGCCAGACGGUUACCAAGACCUCAGACAGCUGGGAGGAAUCCGACCUGUCUGAAACUUCCGCCUCCAACUCCAAGAAACCCAGCUUGGGAAAUGCAGAGGAGGAGAGGAGCCCGAAGGAGCACUGCCCACAGCCUAAGGAGCAGAAACCUCUGUACUCCUUCAGCACAGUUACCAAGCUACCUAAUAAUGUUAAGGUUGGCCAAAUGGACUCUAAUCUCCCAGGAUCUGCAGCACGACAGCACUAUCUCAGCCAGUCACGAUACUUGCCAGGCUUGAUCGGCAAAAAUCAGACUUCCUCCGGUGAUAAGGAGUUGGGCGGUAUGACACUGAGGGACCUGUGGGAGAACUCCUCAAACACUGUAAAUAAACCACUGGGCCCCAUUGGAGGAGGAUUAUCUGUCACGAGAGCCAAUGCAGAAGAGAAUGCCACUAAAUCUGAGGAUAGCCCACCAGAGAAAACUAUUGUUAAAGAAAGAAUACUGGAGAAAAUCGAUCUCUCCAAAGGGAAUUUUAUAAGCACCAAGUACAACCUCUCUGGCGGUUACAUCCCUUCAUUCCAGAAGAAGGAGGUUGGCUCAGUGGGACAGAGAAUCCAGCUUGCCCCUUUAGCUGGACAACAGGCAAGUAAGAACUUAAUUCAUUUAUGUACAGACAAGAGGAGGACAGACAGGACUCAGAUGAAGGGAAGCAGCUAUUCGGCACUGGGGAAAACCUCUGGAAACCUCCUGACCAGAGCUCCUGCUGUGCAGCCCGUCCAUGGCCGGGUGGACUGGACGUCCAAGUACGGUGGAAAUCGAUAAUUCAGGGAAGCAGGUGCUGCUGCAUUCACUACAUGCUGGGCUGGUGCAUCUCCGACUGAGAGAAAUAAUCCUGAGCAAAAUUUUAACCACAUCAAAACUGAAUCAUACAAUUUUUCCUGACGAUUACAUAGACAUUUUUCAUGCACAUUUCGGAUCAACGGUAUGUGCAUAAAAUCUGCGUUUUGGAGAUGAUGGUUGCCAUGAUGCUGAACCAAGACUGGUAAAGUCUGCAAGACAAUCCCACUGUAUUCCUCAAGGAUCCAGUGUGAGCCAAUUUCUACUGUUAGGGCUUGGAUAUUUUGAAUAGGACUUAAAUGUAGCAUAGCUUUUCAACAUUUUUUGUACUUUAGUUUUUAUUGUCUGGUAUUGUUUCACUCUAUAAACAGUUCCUAUGAUGAAGCUGCAUUCUCUCUACUUCACGUCACCAUACUGUAGUUGACACAUGGAAAAACUGUUCAUUGUAUUUGCUAUAAGGAUGAUUACAACUUACCCUGCAAACCUCUUUGUAUUAUGCAAUGAAUAAACUGAACAUUUUGUAAUUGUUUUAUACAAAUAAAUAUAUGGAAAGUCUAA